AUGCCGAAUUUGGGUCCAUUUUUGACGUUAUAUCACGAUGAAUUUUCACUCGGAUCGCGAAUUGUCUUAUUUGUCAUUCGAAAUCUCUCUUUAGACGUCAAUAUUCAUCCGAUAAACGUUCUUAAUGGGCAUCGAGAUGUCACGGAAGUCAUUGCACCAACGUUAAUCGAUCACAGUCGCAACAAUUUCAGACUCACGGAUUACCGAGCAAUUUCCUCGUAUUUGGUGGAGUGUCAUCGCAGCGGAAAUUCGCUUUUCCCGAAUGACAUCGUGAAACGAGCUGUCAUCAAUCAAAGGAUAUAUUUCGAUGCAAAUACGUUGCGACCUCGUUUGGACGACAUUUUCGAGCCAAUUUUGGCGGGAGUUGCCAAAGAAAUUCCGCAACAGAAGAAAGAUCGUCUGAAAGAAGCUCUCGUGUAUCUCAAUGGGUUUCUGGAGUUGGAUAAAUGGGUUGCGGGCAAAGACACAACAAUUGCGGAUUUGAUCAUUUGCGGUACGGUAACGGCGAUCAGAGAACUUGGCUUGCGACUGGAUGAACAUCAAUGUGUGCAAGAAUGGCUUGAAAAGUGCAAACAGCUGCUACCUGGAUACGACGAAAUGGAGGUCGGUGCACAAAAUUGGGCGCAAAAUGUUAAAAAUAGGAUGACAUAAGAGGUUUAUUAAGGUCAUGACGAGGAAAAAAACAACGAAUAAAAUCGAUUGAAGGGCAGUUUAUGUACAUAGAACCAAAAAAAUCA